AUGGCUGAAAGGCCCCUCACCACUUCCCUCUCUAAUCUGGAUUCACGAAGGCCCGCUGUGGACACCAGGCUAGUUUCUCCUCACCGGGUCACGCCGCUGGUGCGUGGUCACCUAAGAGUGGCCACUCCUCGGCGGGAGGUUCUUGGCAGGAUGCCCGGGCCAGACCGGCUGAGCUUGGCCGGAGCCCGCAGGACCCUGCCAGGGGGCAGUCAAUCUGCUCAGCGAUGA